AUUCAGGUAGAAAAUGGUGUAUUUGGAGAGGUAAACAUCACUUUAAAGAUGGCGGAGAAGAAAGGUAUAUCAAGCUUAACCGAUGCGUCAAUCGAAAAGGCGUUCCAGAAGACUAAUGAAGAAUGUCGACGUCCUGACACGGAACUAGUUCGGCUAAGGGAGAAUCAGUACGAAGACGCCUUUACUAUUAUCAAGAACUGGGACGAGCCGUUGGGAAAAUCACUAAAUUUACAAUGGUCUAAAGAAAGGGAAUCUUCAUGGAGAAGGACGUUUGAUGAAGGACUCUCGCUGAUGCUUUUGGAUAGUAACAAUGGCGAAGCUAUAGGUAUACGAAUUAUAAAACAAGAUGUCAAAAACGAAGAGAUUGAUCCAAGCAAAAUACAAAACGACGCCUUGAGAAAAAUACACACAUUUAUUCAUCAAGAGGUUGAAAAAUCCAGGUUUUAUGAAAAAUAUGGUGUUGAAGAAUCGUUUCAUUUCUUAGGAUUAGCUGUUUCAGAGAAGUACCAAAAGAAGGGACACGGUAAAUAUUUACUUGAAGUAGGAGUAGAAUUCGUUAAAAACCUUGGAAUAUGUCCGUAUAUUCAUGGCGAAGGAUCGUCGGCGUAUUCCCAGAAGAUAUACGAGAAAAUAGGAUUUGAGACACUGAAAGAAGUCGCAUUUGAGGACUACAAAGUAAACGGUGAAAUAGUAUUUAAGAAUACCGGUGUUCAUAAAACAUUUAAAGUAUAUGGACUUCACUGCAUAUAACGGACUCAAUGAUUAUUCUGUUCACAAUGAGUGCAAUGUUAAUGCAUAAGAUAUGAAACACCUCUUAAAUGUAUAUGGACUUUUACCUGUUGAAUACCGUAAACAGCCUUUAUAAUUUAUUUCGAUCAACUCGCUUUAAAGGCCUGUUAAUAUGUAAAUUGCCGUAUGUGUUUUGUGCUAUUUAUCCUUGCUUUCAUUAUGAAUACAAAUAAACCGGAUUAUAUCGCU